AUGGAUACUAGAGUUAUGGCUACGAGAGAUGAUAAUGUACAGUGUUCAUCUUUUGAUGCACAUGUCGAUGAGUACGUCAAGGCCAACGUGUUCUGUUGCAGCUGUGAGAAAUACCUCUGCAACAAGUGUGACCUCAUCGCUCACAAACAACUGGACAAUGUAAAUAACUCAGAGUCAGACUUGCAUAUUAGAAUGCCUGUUGAUCAUCAAACUACCGAUGAUGAAGAUGAUGAUACCAAGCAACAUCAACGUCAACAACAUCAACAACAACAGAAUAAGAAACAACAAGAACAAAAGGUUAAACUACAAAAGAAUGGUAAUACGAAUAGAAGUAAUAGUAGUCUACCAACAUUGGGCAAGAAGACGGAUAGCUCAAAUACAUCGGAUGCUUCAUUGGACUCUACUAUAAACAAGGAGUUGUUGAUCACACCCGAUGAAAAUGAUGCUGACAACAAGAGGAGAUCAUCUUCAUCAUCGUCAGCUGCCGAGUUGUCAAUGUACGUCGAUGAUGAGAGUGACCUCAAACUGUGGGACGUUGGCAAAGGCACCAACUCAUGUGCACUCGAGCCUGAUGAGGAGGAUACAUUCGUCGCUGGAGAGGACCCCAAAGAUCAAAAGGAAGCAUCACACGUUGGUCAAGGUGUCUUGGAAGGUAUCAUCGACCUUGGCACAGGUAUUGCUGAUGGAUUCACUGGUGUUAUUUCUGACCCUCUAAAUGGUGCCAAAGAGGGUGGAGUUAAAGGAUUCUUCAAGGGCAUGGGCAAGGGAAUAUCUGGAGUGGCAUUGAAGCCGGUAAAGGGCUCAGCAGAGUUCAUGAUCAAGACGGCUGAGGGAUUCAGAAACACUGGAGAGACUAUAUUCACACCAAAGAGCCUACAGAUCGAUGUGGUCAGGGAGAAGGAGGCUAUUCAUCUCCUUGACGGCCUGUUCCAAGGCACUCUUGGUCUGGGCAGAGGAGUGUUUGAGGGUGUCACUGGAAUCAUUGCCGAGCCAGUAAAGGGUGCUCAGGAGAAUGGUGGCAAAGGAUUCUUCAUUGGUCUGGGAAAGGGUCUUGUAGGCGCUGUCUGCAGGCCAAUCUCUGGAGCAAUGGAGUUUGUCAGCAAGCCAAUUGAGGGCCUGGUCAACACGCCACAGACAAUCAUCGACGCCAUUGAAACAAAGAUUGAAAGCAACAAACAAAAGCAAAGGGCUGCAGCAGGCCUUGCUGCCAAUGAUAACAACAACAAAGACAACAACAACAAAGACAACACAGAGAAAUCAAUUACAAACGAUCCAAUAUCGACGACAUCACCUAAACUUGGAGCAAGCUUCAGACCAUCACAGGAAGAGCAAAUGAAAACACAGGACGAGUAUAACAAGAAGUGGCUGGAGAAGAACCAGAAGUUGGACAGCCACAGUAUAAGCUCAAUAAACUUUAGAGAG